AAACCUCUGCUUCCCUCGGUGAUGUCCGUUAGCUGUGUCCUUUAAUUCAUCAUAAAGACGAUGUAAAUGAGUCCUGACAUCAGCAGCAGCUCUACACCUCCUGAAGAAGAGACGGACGAGCGUCUCCUCCAUGUUAUCAGAAGUCCCGCCCCUUCUUGACUCUAAUUGGUUCGUGAGGGAGAAGUGACAGUGACGAGCACAGUGCUGUUCUAACAGUUAAACUAUUUUAACUAUUUUAACUCAGCUGCCACUGAGGGCGCUAAACUCUGAACUACUAGGUUUGUAUUUUAAACAGGCGCUGCCGGGGCACAUAUAUAACGCAGUCUGUGGACACGGGCUCUAAAGUCAGAUGGAGAAGCAGGUUGAGAGUGAUCGUCUGCACUGUGUCCCCGUUUGGUUUCUUUCAAUGUUUUCUAUGUUCAGUGGUGACUUUUCUUUUGACCUAUGUUUUGAUUUCAGUUUUACUAACAACGGUUUGAAACUCCACCGAAGCUACAAACUUGAAAUCUGAGUAACGGCUCCUUUUCGGGGUCAAUUCUUAACGAGGCUUCUGGAAAGAGUCGAUGAGAAAGACAGUGUAUACUCAUCAAAACACACACAUGGUACAACUUUCUCUACAUUAACGGUUAAAUCAUUUCCCAACAUGUAUCCGGGUCCAGAGGAGCAGCCAGGGGUUCUGCUGAUCCUCAUUUAUAAACUCUCAUAAAGUGUUUCGAUGCUGCAUGUUCAAACUAAACGUGGGCAAAGUUUCAGAUCAUGAGGUAAACGUGUGUUGGAGUAAUCCCAGGAUGAGUCUGCAGGGGGCGCUAAACGCCUUGUUCUGUAAAUCACGGCAUAGCUCCCCGAUAUGAAACCAAGAAUUUCAGCAGACGGCUUCAAGCCUCUGAAACCUCUUACAGAGACUCUCUUCUCCCAGCUCUGGAGAGCAGUCCUCCCCUGGCAGCCCUGCAGUGUUCUGACCCCACAGGAAGGACACAUGAUUUAAUGUAAUGUAAAUAAUUUAAGCAGAUAUGAUAAGCGUGCGUGCGUGCGUGCGUGCGUGCGUGCGUGCGUGCGUGCGUGCGUGCGUGCGUGCGUGCGUGUGAGUGAAUGAAUGAAUGCAGGGUAAUCUCAUGAAAUAAAUCAUACCUCACUUAUGAGGUCAGGACCUGUCAGCCAUGUUGCCCCCGCAGCCAGACUAACCCGGACCCUGAUCUUCUCUCUGAUUGGCUGGUUGAUGUCUCUUGUUCCUGCACCGUACAGGAAGUCUCUGUCGUGGAAUACGCUGCGUGCCAGGAAGCGCGCUGAAGCCAGGGACUUCUCCUCACUGGGAGUCCGAGGUCAGGAGAACGGCCUGCUCCGUAAGCCCAAAGAAACCACGCCCCCUCCUACCCUCUCCUCCCCUGCCACACGUGUGAAGGGCAAAGAGGAUCACACGUCAGACGAGUCGGACUGUGACGACGACCUUGACCCAAAAUCGGGCAUGGAGCUUCUCAACCCAAACUUCAUCCAGGAAGUGGCGCCAGAGUUCCUCGUCCCUCUGUCGGAUGUGGUCUGUGCGUUCGGAGAGACGGUGGUUCUCUGCUGUAAAGUCUGUGGACGACCCAAACCCUCUGUCACCCUGAAGGGUCCCGACCAGAACCCGGUGACCAGCAACAGCCGCUUCACCAUCGACAUCAGGGACACGGGCGACAUCCUGUUGAAGAUCUGUAACCUCAUGCCUCAGGAUACAGGCAUCUACACUUGUGUCGCCGUGAACGACCACGGCUCCGCCUCCUCCUCCGCCUCCAUCAAAGUGCAAGGUAUCCCAGCAGCCCCUGGGAGGCCGGUGGCUCAGGAGGCGAGCAGCACGGCGGUGAUGAUCCACUGGACGCCACCGGCUUCCUCGGCUCACUGUACAGUCAGCAGCUACACCGUGGAGUACAGACAGGAAGACUCGUUGAUCUGGCAGCAGGUGGCGAGCAGCAGAGAGGAGUGUGUGCAGAUCGACACUCUGAUCCCCGGAGGUCACUACCAGUUCAGAGUCAGAGCGUCCAACCGCUGGGGGGUCGGCCCGCCAUCCGAGGCCUCCAACAUGGUCACGCUGUCCAGCACCAACUCGGGUUACGAUGGAACGGGGAUCCAGUGGAAAGAAAACUUUGAGUCUGCGUUCACUGAGAUCUGUGAGAUCGGGAGGGGGCGCUUCUCUGUGGUGAGAAAAUGUCAACAAAAGUCAACAAAGAAAGAGGUUGCCGUGAAGUUUGUGAGUAAGAAGAUGCAGAAGAAGGAGCAGGUGGCUCAUGAGGCAGACGUCCUCCUACACGUUCAGAAUCACCAGCUGGUGGCGCUGUUGGACACAUACGAGUCCCCCACCUCUCUGAUGCUGAUCCUGGAGCUGCUGGAAGACGGGCGUUUGCUCGAUUACCUCGUCGCCCACGAUGAGCUGAUGGAGGAGAAGGUGGCGUUCUUCAUCAAAGAGACACUGGAGGCGCUGCAGCACCUUCACACCUGCAGAGUGGCACACCUGGAUCUGAAGCCGGAGAACAUCAUGGUCGACCUCCGCACUCCGACCCCGAGCAUCAAGCUCAUCGACCUCGGUGACGCCGUCCAGCUGUCCGCUCACCGCCGUUACGUCCACCUCCUGCUCGGGAACCCGGAGUUCGCCGCCCCCGAGCUCAUCCGCGGGACGCCAGUCUCCGUGGCAACGGAUGUGUGGAGCGUCGGCGUGCUGGCCUACGUGACGCUCAGCGGCGUCUCCCCGUUCCUGGACGAAUCCCCGGAGGAAACCUGCGUCAACAUCUGCCGCCUGGACUUCUGUUUCCCCGACGAGUACUUCAGCAACGUGAGUCAGGCGGCGAGGGACUUCGUGUCGUCGUCGCUGCAGCAGGAUCCCAGGAAGAGGCCGAGCGCCACGUCCUGUCUGCAGCACCCGUGGGUGGGUCGGGGCGGCGCCCACGGAGGGGAGUACUCCAAGACGCCGCUGGAUACGACACGUUUGGCCACGUUUAUCGACAGGAGGAAACAGCUGCAUGACGUCCGGCCCAUCACGAACAUCAAAGGGCUGGUGAGCAGCAGCAUGGGGAACACGCUGUGACCACGAGCAGGGGACGCCACGGGCAACAAUAACAAACAUGUUUCAAGCAUUUAUUUAUUAUUUAUUUCUGUGUGAGUGAGACUGAAUCCUUCCUGUGAUGCAGAACGUGAUCUCCUCGCUGCUCUAGGAGGCCACACCCCCCUUAGAGACGAGAUUCAUAUCUGUUAAUUUAAUUUCUAACACGUCGUCUGAUCAGAGUCCACCGGGCGCCAUGUCACGUGACGCCCGUCAGCUGCCCUCGACGAGAACCCAAAGAAAGACAAAAAGCAUUUAGAACAAACUCACUGUGAGCAAACGCGACAUAUUUAUUUAUAUUUGUAAUUCUUAUUUUUCCAGCGUCAGGCGACAUGAAGGAGGCGGGGCUUGUUAUGCUAAUCCUCUCUUAUCUUUGAAGUCGGAUCUAAAGAAGGUUAAAGUCUCCUUGUUCUGCUGAUCCCCGUCUUAAACUCUCACAUAGUGUUUCAAUGCUGCAUGUUCAAACUAAACAUGGUCAAAGUUUCAGAUCAUGAGGUAAACGUGUGUUGGAGUAAUCCCAGGAUGAGUCUGCAGGGGGCGCUAAACGCCUCGUUCUGUAAAUCACGCUAUAGCUCCCCGAUAUGAAACUAAGAAUUUCAGCAGACGGCUUCAAGCCUCUGAAACCUCUUACAGAGACUCUCUUCUCCCAGCUCUGGAGAGCAGCCCUCCCCUGGCAGCCCUGCAGCGUUCUGCCCCUCCAGAAGGCUUCCAGAGAGCUGACCAAUCAGAAGAGAGUGGGCACGUGGGGAGGCAGGGCUUAAAGUCUGUUUUUCAGCCUAUUUAUCCUCUCCAGCGUGCUCUUCAUAUCACAGGACACAGUAAUGUGCUCAUUAAAGAAACAAAGCUGCUAAAUCAACUUAAAUAUAAAGUUAACGUCCGCCAUCGCAGCUUUCAGCUCGUUAACGCUCUUUAAUUUGUCAGAUUGGUUUAAUGUGAAACUCUGAUUAACGACUGAAGAGAACAAAAACAAGAUCAAAUGCAUAAAAGAGAAAUAUUCUCCGAUCUUAAGUUGUUGCAUGUGACCGAAAACAAAAGAGAGCGAGUUAGAAAAGUGAGCGUUGAGGAGCGGUGUGAUCGAGGUGUGAUGAGGUUUCUCUCAUUCAUUCAGAUGUUCUGCUCACUGCAGUGAAACGUUCUUUUCAUUACUUCCUGCACGUCCAGAACUCCUGCUGUGCAACUGAUUUCUGAUCAGAGCACUUAAAGACCCCACAGAGGAUCUCAGACCACAGACACCUGAACCAUGCCGUGUGUGAAGUCUUUAUUUUAUUAAUUGAAUGCUUAUUUAUUCCAGGACAAAGUGUGUGUGAGUGUGUGAAAUAGCUGUGUGUGUUUUUAUUUAAGGAGGGGGGGCAGGACCAGAGCAGGUCUGUGAACUCACCUCUGGGACCGGCUGCUGGACUUUACAAGCUGUGGUUAGAAACUCUCAUAGAAGAUUAAAAGAAUCACUGACUCGCCUCCUGAAAGAAACACUGAAGGACUACUGGAUCUUAAAGGACUACUGGAUCUUAAAGGACUACUGGAUCUUAAAGGACUACUGGAUCUUGAAGGACUACUGGAUCUUAAAGGACUACUGGAUCUUAAAGGACCUUAAAGAGACCCCCGCUGAGACUGAAACCUUUAGGUCACCUUUGAUUCGUUCGUUUCACUGUUUACAAAAACUUUGUCCCAAAAAUGUUUAGAUAGUUUACAGACGUAGAGUAAUCAGGGAGAAGCUGCAUGUUCAUCCACCAGGGACGGUUUAGAGAUCAGGUUAGAGACCCUGUGGCGUUCAGUGUUACCAUGGAGACGGAACUCCACCUUCAGCCUUUUUUUUUUCUGUUUGGUCAUUCGUCGUGAUUGGCUCUCAAAUCGUGGCUGCUGAUUGGCUCUCUGAAUGGUUUAAUGUCCUGUUUCUACUGAUGAAUGUACUUUUCUUGUAGAAUGUGUUCUGCCAUCACAAGUGCUGUCCCGCCGCUUUCACCGCCAUGCUUUCACCGCCAUGCUUUCACCGCCAUGCUUUCGCUUUUUACAACGCUCAUCUUAAAUCCACCCGACCGCCCUCGAUCAGGGACGCUGGAACUCAGGUUUAGUUUGUGGUGCUGAGAAAAGUCUUUCACUGAUCGAGAGUCGAGGUCAUCUGGUGAGAAGUGGGUACGUCUUUACGACGCUAGUUCACACAGCAGCCUUCAGAUACAAAGCAGCCAGUUAGAGAGAGAGAGAGAGAGAGGGAGAGAGUGGGCGAGCGAGAAGCAGACCGACAUCCCUGCAGAUAUUAUUCAGAACAGAUUGAGACGUAACGUUAGCCUGUGGUUAGCAUCUUUAGCGGCUGCAGGAAGUCGUCUAAGUCGAGUUCUGUCUCAGGUUUUAUAAAUCAAUAAAUCCAUCUGACACCAAAAACUCAUCUACAACCAGCUGUCGAUGAGUUUUAAUACUCCUGAGUUUAGGGACUCCUGCAGCACCCUCAGCUCACCUCCUUCCAGCGUCCCCCCCCCACACACACACACACACACAAGCAUUUAGUGUUGAACAGUGAGCAUUUUUUUUCCUGCAGACGAGGAUGCAGAAUGUAAGAAACACACUGAUCCAUAGAAGCAGCUUUCACUUUGUCCCGUCUGAUAGUUUGUGAUCUCUUCAGCUAACUGUGAAACAUGAGGAUUCAACUCCUCUUUGAAUCUUCCUCACAGGGACUUUGGAUGUUUAAGGUUUGAAAUGUCUGCUUUCUGUAACCUGCAACGACGUGAGGAAACAAAACAGGAACAGAAAUCUCAUCAUCAUCAUGCUGUAAACAUUAUAUCAACACGUUUAAAUCCUCCAACAGGAGAACGACUUUCUCUCUUUGAUUCUGAAUGUGUCGUCGACAUUUGCAAACUAUCUGUGUGAACUAACAAGCUGAUGUUGCUGAAUGCUGUAGAUGAAUGAAAUGCUGCACGAAUCAGAAAAAUAUCUUCACAGGAAAUGAAGAACGCAGAGCAGCAGCUUCGUCUUCAAGUCCAACAUUUAGAUCUGAACCGUGAAGCUAUGAACCGCCUACACCCUGUGAAGUCUUUAACAUACCUGCUUGUUUUAUGUGGUUUAAAAAUGUUAAACUGAAACUGUCAUUUUGGGGGGGAGGGGGGGUACAU